AUGGGGCCCUGCAGCAACACACGCCUGGGGGUUCCCUGGUCGGAGUCAUCCUCCCAGCCCCCCAAGAGGAGGAAAAAGAGAUACCUGCGGCCUGACAAGCACCCCCUACACUACACCUACUUGGCCAUGAUUUCCUAGGGGAUCCAGACCGGGCCCUCCCGCAGGCUGAAACUGGCCCGGAUCAUCCGUCAGGUUCAAGCUGGGUUCCCCAACUACUGGGAGGACUACGAGGGCUGGGAGGAUUCCAUCCACCACAACAUCUCCUCCAACCAUGCUUCGUGCUUCUGCAAGGUACUUACGGACCCUGAGAAGCCCCAGGCCAAGGGCAACUCCCAGGCAGUAGAUGUGAGCCUGAUCCCGGCAGAGGUGCUGAGGCUGCAGAACACUGCCCUGUGCCGGCGCUGGCAGAGCGGAGGGGUGCGGGGAACCCUCGCCAAGGACCCAGGCCCUUAGGUGCUGCACGGCUGGCCCUGCUGGCUGCCCAGACCCCAGCCACCGCCUAGUGAGGGCCUCAGCAUAGUGUCUUUGCUAAGGGACCUCAGGGAGGGGGGCCACGGACCAGCCCCAGUCAGGCAGGCUCUGGGCACAGUGGAGGUGUCCACUCCACCUCUGACCUCCGAGAGGACUUUGUGACACCUCUGCCCCCUCCCCGGGCCCAAGGAGACUUCCCAGGGGGAAACCAUCAGGCCCUCAUCCCUCUCCCCUGAGCACAGAGCCUGGCUCCUCUACUUACGGCAAGGUACCCCAGGCCCCUGGGGACUAUCCAGUAGAAGUCACAGGGCCUCACUUUGGGGACACCUGCCCACCUUGCUGCCAAUCUACACUCCCCAUGUGAUAAUGCCCCUGGUUCCACUACCACCCACAUCCUGUCCCCAGUGCCCACCUUCAACCAGCCCAGCCUACUAGGGGGUGGCCCUUAAAACCCAUGCCCCUUCCCCUCCACUGUGGGGGCUGCUCUGGGAUCUAGAUGCCCUCUUCUAGGGUGUGCUGCCCAACAAGAGCAUCUAUGAUGUGUGGGUCAGCCACUCCCUGGAUCCAGCUGCCUCCACCCCAGGUUGGCUACUCUUCCUGUGCAGCCUGCAGGCUCUCAGGGCAGGGUCUGCUUUCCCUGUCUACCACUUGCUGUCACCAUUGGCUUUUGGGGGAACCAAAGCCAAGAGGUCCAAGAGGUGUCUAUGGCCACAGCAGCCUUGA